GGUGUCGGUGCUGGUGUCGGUGCUGGGCAGAUCGCAGAUCAGAGGGGGAGCGGCCGGCGGUUGGUGCUGGCUGCCUUCCAUCUUGGGCCAAAUUGAUUCGAUUCGUUUCGAGCCAGCGCCCUCGCCGUGCAUCCGAAUCAACACCAUCGCCGACACAGCGGCCCAUCUGCACACCCCUGCGAUAGAUACAACGGUUUUCGGUUACUACCCUUAUUUCAUGGUCCCUUGCCGCAAUGGAGCCUGAUCAGCCACAUAUUCUCUUUUCACUUGGAGGGCAUACGGCCCCUGUUCUGGCCCUCGACAUCGACCACCAACACAAUCCAACCCGUCUCCUCUCCGGAUCCGAGGACGGAUCUGCUCGGCUCUGGGACUUGGAAGCACGGAAAGUGGCCCGUGGCAUCCGCGCCGUGCCGAGCGAUCCAGCUGCAGCGCCUCGCCCCGUCACCGCUGUCAAGUUCUCGCCUCUCAGUCCUGAGCAUACCGUGUACAUCGCCGCUGGAAAUCAGAUGCUCGUUUUUGAUCUGCGUGCGCCUGGCAUGGUGCUGUCCACUCCAUCGUCAAGCUUUCCGCCGGCCAAAGAAGAGAUCAACAGUAUUGCCAUCAGCGACAAGGAGCAGUACGUCGCAACUGUUGAUGACUCGGGGGACGUACUUGUGAUGGACACCAGCUUUGACGGAAACCGUGGUCGCUGUCGGAGGAUGCGACGAGGGCAUGAUAACAUCGCUAUGGCCGUAGCCUUUCGUCCAACCAAGACGUGGGAAGUUUGGUCCGGCGGAAUGGAUUCGACCAUGAAACAGUGGGAUUUUUCACGCGGCACCACCAUCAAUGAGUACGACAUGACCGUGGCAGAAGCCGCUCCAACACCACAAGUCGUCAAUCCUCCGCAUAUCCAUUCGCUUGCAGUGGCAUCGGAUGGACGAGCCCUCGCAUCAGGCCUGGGCGACGGAUCUAUAUUCGUGCUGGCCCAACCGGCUCCCGCGAUUGACACCAAGAGCAAAGGCAAGGACAAGGGUGACAAGAAAAAACGAGCGCCAAUGAUUUCAAGUCGCCUUGAAGGGCACAACUGGAGCGUUUCCGCAGUAGACUUUAUCACAAACUCGCCCACGGCGACAGCCACCGCAUCCCAGCUGCUCGUUUCAGGAGGCAUCGACGGCCAACUGAAGCUGUGGGGCCCAUCCGGGAUAGAAGAACAGAGCCCAUAUGUCGUGCGCACAGCGUACCAACUGGACAAGAGAGUCAAUGCCAUGAAAUGCGCCUGGAUGCCAACUCGGACUGGAGGUGAUGUCGCGCACGAUUCCAUCGUAGCAUUUGUGUCUGGUGUUAGUCGGUCCGACAAUCCAGCAUCGGCCAGGGCGUCAACCGAGAUCGAAGCUGUGAUGGUCGAGCAACUGGCUCGUACGUGAGGCUUACAGAAUACAAAUCGGCACAAAUGCGACCAUGACACAAUCCGAGCCAUCUGGGCCGGGCCAAGAUUCUGCCACUUGGAUCAAAGCAGCCCGCCCACGA